AUGGCGACAUCUAGUACGCCAGUUGAAUCGUGGAGCGUGAAAGACGGCGCGCAGGUCUCGUCAGGCACCCUAGCCCCGUUGAAGAGCCAGGGUGCAGCUGCGGGCCUGGCGGCAGAGUCGCAUGCGACGCCCGUGGAAGAGCCUGCGAAGCUUGCUGACAAGGCCCCUGCCCCAACCGCGGUGGCGACCGCGGCGGCAUCGUCGGCGCCUUCUGGUCCGGAUAUGGCGCCGACAAACAAUGUGCUGCCUACGUCGGAUGCCUUGCAGAGUGAGAAGAGGGCCGAGGAGCCAACGGCACGUCCCUUGUCGACCAUGGCCUCAGAACCGACAGGUAUGAACCUUUCGUCGUCGUCGGCAUCGGCAUCGGCAUCGGCCCCCGCCGCCAACAUGGCACCGGGUGGUAAGGUGCGUCUGACCAACUACCCGACGAUCAAGAACGCCGUACUACCCGCCGAGGGCAACGGUAGCUUUAGCAAUGUGCAUCUCGCGCUGUUGAUCUUUUUCGCGCCGGCUGUGCUCUUGCGUUUGAUUCCGUUUGUGAAGCCAAGCUGGUUCGGAUGGACGUCGUACAUGUUCCUAGUCGCCCUGUGCGGUGUGCCUGUGGCCAUUGCCUACUGGACGGUGAUGAGUAUGUACGGCCCUCGUAUCAACGAAAAGGUCAAGCUGCCGAACCGUCCGAUCGAAGACUACUUGGACAUCAAGGACCCUGAUCUGCGCCGCAAGUACAAUGGCUACAACAAGAUCCCUAUGCAGAUCUUCUGGGACGCUUACUUUGACGGCAAGAUCGAGGUCAAGGGCGAGAUGCUGGAUGUGUUGGAGUACCGCUGGGACUGGGCUGCGAUGCACUUCACGCCCGAGCUGUUCCGCUAUGUGCUCUUCAAGAUGCUGCCGGAUGUGCUGCUGCACAGCUCGCGUCAGGAUGAAGAGCAAAUUCGUGACAACUACGACCGAGGCAACGACUUCCACGAGUGGUUCCUGGGCCCACAGAUGGUGUACACGACCGGUAUUAUUUCGGACCCGAACCGCGAAGAGACGUUGGAGGAGUUGCAGGACAACAAACUGAACCUUGUCUGCUCGAAGCUCGCACUCAAGCCGGGAGACCGUGUGCUAGACAUUGGCUGUGGCUGGGGCACGCUUGCUACGUUUGCCGCGAAGAACUAUGGUGCGGAUGUGACGGGUGUGACGCUGGCGCAGAACCAGGCGGAAUUCGGUAACGAGCGUCUCGCGAAGAACGGCAUUUCGCAGGACCAGGCGCGUAUUCUGUGCAUGGACUACCGUGAUAUUCCUGUGAACCCUGGUCACUACAACAAGAUUGUCUCGCUGGAGAUGGCCGAGCAUGUGGGCAUUCGUCACUACGCCAAGUUCUUGAGCAACGUGUACGACUUGCUGGACGACGAUGGUGUGAUGGUGUUCCAGGUCGCGGGUCUGCGUCCGCGCUGGCAGUACUGGGACCUCAUCUGGGGCCUGUUCAUGAACAAGUACAUCUUCCCUGGUGCCGAUGCGUCGUGCCCGCUCAACUGGGUGAUUGGCCAGCUGGAGCGUGCUGGCUUUGAGGUGCGUUCGUGCGAUGUGGCGGGUAUCCACUACUCAGCCACCAUCGACCGCUGGCUGAAGAACUGGAAGAAGAACGAGGCAAAGGUGAAGGCCAAGUAUGGCGACAAGCUCUACCGCAUCUGGCUCUUCUUCCUGGCCAGCUCGGUGAUUAUUGCGCGCGAGGGUGGCUCGAGUCUGUUCCAGAUCACGGUGACAAAGAACCUUAACGCUACGCACCGUAUUGAGGGUGUGGAGUCGCAUGGAAACCUGCUUCCUCGUCCGUACCCGGGCAAGAAGUACGUGAGUGUGUACAAGUAA